CAACAACACAACAGCACCUGACGCAGUUCUGCUCUCGCGCAAGCAAAAAAAAAAAUUCAUCAAUUUUCUUUUUUUGCAAAAUUCCAAUCCAACCAACAAAGUGAAAAAGCAAAAAUCUUCUCUUCCUCAAAUUCGUUUUAACUUUCCAACGGUAUCGGUCGUCGUUUGUCAUUUUUGUGUGAUUAUAUUGUUCGCCGUCCUAAGAAAAAAACCGAAAGAAAAAGUAGAAAAAUCUAGAAAAAAAAAUUCCCAAUUAGAAUUCCUCUUUCCAACUAAACAUAGCGGUAGAUUAAUAUUGUUAUUGUUUUUGCUAACGGCAAAGAAUAAUAAUUGAAAGUUUUCAACUGUAAAAAGAAAAGAAGGAAAAAAUUUGCAAAUCGAUUUGUUUCGUGCUUUUUCUUUUUUCUCUCGACUCUUCUUCCACACUUACCACCACUUCAUUCCCUCUCUUCUAUCUUCUGUGUGUGUGUUGUCCUGCUCCUCAUUUGUAAAAAUUUUGUGGAAUUGUGCCGUAAUCGAAUUCAGCUUGGGAAUAUAAAAGAAAAUUUCCAUUAAUUGAUUGUUUAUAAGUGAAAAAUUGAUAAAAGAAGCAAAAAAAUAAACAAAAAACCGGAAAAAACGCAGCUGCUGUUUUGUUGUUGUUUCUUUGGCAAAAUAAAUUCAUUCCAAUUUUCCCCCGCUUCAAACCCCACAAAGGCAAAAAAUAAAGGAUACUAACUGUAAAAAGGUGUUCUGACGUGAAAUAAGAACUCCAAACUUCAUCACCUUGUCCAACCUAUAAGAGGCUAAAACCUCUACAACUAAGGACACCAAACAAUCAAUCUCAAAGAAGAAACCAAAAACAAAAAGCCACAAAAAUGUCCUCCACAACUCCGCCUCAAUCACAAGAGGACAAUACCUCCUCUCCAACAACUAUCAAUCAAACAAAUAAUAAUAGCAACAACAACAAUAACAACACUACCACAACAACGACCCAUACGGGCUCGAAUAGUGGCACAAACAGCGUUGACAAACUAUCUCCAGAUCAAGAUAUCUUUAUAAAUCCUGUCGAUGGCCUUCCCUCUCAGCAUCCAACUCUACCCGAACUGGAUGCCACAAAUGAACACAACGAAGUCGAUUUGGAUUCAUUCGAUGAUCUGCCCACGUCGAUAAUCGUAACAAACAUUCAUUCGGAGGUGUUUGCCAGCGACCAAAUGAAAGCACAGAUGGAAGACCUCUUCCGAACAUUCUCGGAAGCGGCUACAUUCCAAUGGUUACGUAGCUUCCGAAGACUGCGCGUGAAUUAUGACAAUGCUAUCGAUGCGGCUAAUGCCCGCAUCAAGCUGCACCAAUUUGAAUUCAAUAAAAAGACGAUAAUAAGUUGUUAUUUUGCCCAGCCUGUGACGCCUGUGUCACACAAGAAUCUCCAGCCACCAGCACCGGUAAAACAGUUUCUCAUUUCGCCACCAGCGAGCCCUCCAGCUGGCUGGGAACCGCGAGAGGAAAAUGAACCAUUGGUAAAUCAUGAUUUGUUGGCGGCAUUGGCUAGUCUCACUCCCGGUGAGAGCCAUGAGCUGCAUCCUCAGACCGAAGACCAGCCGGCAAUCAUUGUGCACACAGCUAAACUACAAGACAGCAGCGGUGGUGUGGUUGCUGCUCCAAAGCAGGCAAUAGUUCACACCAAAUGCCCAGAGCGGGCGUAAAACUGUACACUGAAAAAAAAAACAUGUUACUUCUUUCGAACCAGAUAAAGAAAAUCAUAGAAUUUAGAGGUUUACUACUACUACACACACACACAUAUAUAUACAAAUACAUAUAUACAAGAAAAUGAUAUACAUAUAUACAAAAAAAAAAAGAAAAUAACCAUAUAAAUCGAAUAAAACAAAACUGAUUAUAGAAAGUUGAUGAAAAUAUUAAAAAACAAAAAAAAAAAAUUAACAAAACAAAAAUGUUAUACAUUUUUUGUGCUAAAAAAUUUAAAAAAAUUGAAAAAAAAAAUGUUUAUCAAGAAUAAAAAAAAUUAUAGGUAUUUUAAAUGAAUUU